AUUUGUCGUUUUAGAUUAUAUAGACGUGGUUUCCAGUCAUCUUGAGAGAGAGAGAGAGAAAAAAAAGGUUAACGAUUAGGCCUACGUUCCGUUAAGAUUUCAUUUCUUAAUUCCGUUCGCCAUCGAAGAACCACUUCCGAAUAAGGCCUAUUGACGAAUUACCCCAUCGUUGAAAACAACGCUGUAUCUGCCAGUUUGCGAGAGAGUUCAGACGCUCUAAUAUUAUUAUUAUUAUUAUUACCUUGAGUCUGUGUUAAGUGCGCUAAAGAUUUGUGCAAGUUCGUUCUGCGGGAAUACUUGAUCAGCAGCCAUUUUAUUGAUCAGUAUUAGCAAAUUUCAUCAAUAAAGUAGAUACCUAAGUCUCCCACGUCGUAAAUUAUAUAUCUUUCAUCGAUUAUUUAAUUAUUCAAUUUUUUAACGAUCAAUAUAAUCGAACGCACGCCAAAGUUUAUAGUAUUAUACAGAUAUUUUAAGAAAUAACAAAUAUUUACUUAAAUAAUUUAUGCGUUAGCGGAUUCCAUAGCACAACCCGGCCGCGAAGCGAAGUCUAAAAUUCCAUUCAGAUUCGAAAAAUAGAUUUCAGAUUCUGUUCGAAUAAAAAAAUUCAAUUCAGAUUCGAGAAAUCGAUUUGAAAAUAUAUUAAAAUUCAAAAGGCUCAAUUCAGAUUCGAAAAAUCGAUUUCAAAAUCUAUUCGAUAUCAAAAAUAAUUGAAUUCAGAUUCGAAAAAUAGAUUUCAAAAUCUAUUCAAAUCUAAAAAUUUAAUUCAGAUUCGAAAGAUCGAUUUCAAAAUCUAUUCUAAUCCAAAAAUCCAAAAUAAAUUAAAUUCAGGUUCGAAAAAUUUAUCCCAAAAUAUAUUCGGAUUAAAAAUUUUUUUUUAAUUCAGAUUCGAAAAAUCGAUUCCAAAAUCCAUUCGAUUUCAUCUCGAUCGAUUCGAAGAACGCCGGCGGGCAACGCCCCCUUUCGCGUCUCGCUGGCGACCGCCAUAUUUCUCUCGAAUAUAACCUCAGUAUACAGAGCGGCCCAGCGUUCCUUUCUCCUCCUUUCCUUCCUGAAGCAGCGCCGUCCCAACGACUAUGGCUGGAGGAUACUUAGGGGGCGCGGCUGGCCUAGGGGCAGGGCUGCCCCCUCUGCCUACGGAGAUCCUUAUGGACGAGUACAUGUUCGGCAGGAGGAGACAACGACGCAACAGGACGACUUUCACCGCCCAGCAGCUCAGUGAACUGGAAGCACUGUUCCAGAGGACUCACUAUCCCGACGUAUUUCUGAGGGAGGAAGUCGCCUGCAGGAUCAACCUCUCGGAGGCUCGUGUCCAGGUGUGGUUCCAGAACAGGAGAGCCAAGUGGCGGAAACAGACCCGAAUGCAGUUCGUCCAGGAUGCUUGGAGACUCCGCUACCUGGGAUUAUCGCCUCCUUGCGGGCUCACGCGCUCCCAGAACCCCCCUCCGCCCCCCCGUCCUCCGCCGGACCCCCAGCCAGCCCUCCCCAAGGGGGGCGGAGCCAAGCCGCCCCCUUGCCGUCUCCUCCCCUCCCCGCCGCCGCCUGCUGCCGCCUCCGACACGCAAGUGGGCGGGGACAGGGCGCUAAGCUCCGCCCCUCGAACGGCUUCCCCGGCUUACCCCGCCACGGAUCUCUCGACGGCUGACAGGCUGGCCGUUGCUACCAGAUAUGAUUCUGACAAGGACUUCAGAUAA